AUGGCAGCUCCGAAUGGACAUGCCGAGACUGUCGGCGAACACCUCCAAGGUGACGCUGGCUUCGUGGAUGGCGAUCUGUACGCCCAGUUGAACGGCAUCGACAACACCAACAUCUUGAAGGGACAACACAAAGUCUCCAGGGGCCAUAGGAGAGUGAUCCAAGUGGGCACUGGUGUCGCCGGCAUCGCCCAAGCCGCGACUCUUCUCCAAAACAAGACGCUCAGGCCCGAAGAGCUGAUCAUCUUUGACGUUUUGAAGGAGUUUGGAGGUGUCUGGGCAAAGAACACCUAUCCCGGAUGUGCCUGUGAUGUACCGGCGCUGAUGUACACCAACAGAAUGAUGAUCUCGACCCAAUAUACACACGUCUUCGCGACGGGCCCUCAGAUAAAGAACUUCUAUGUCCAAAUGGCACACCGUUACGGACUGGAGAGGUGCACACAGUUCCAAACGUACGUCAGGUCUUGCACAUGGGACGAAAGCAACUUUCUCUGGCACGUCGAGACGGAGAAUCAAGCCACCGGAAACAUCGAGCUGUGGACCGCCGACGUCGUCAUCCACGCCAUCGGGUCCUUUGAUCGACCCAAGUUCGGCGGUAUUCCAGGACUGGACAGUUUCAAGGGCCAAUGGACGCACACAGGGACCUGGAAAAAGGAUUUCGACUGGGUUGGGAAAAGGGUCGCCGUUGUCGGCUGUGGCCCAAGUGCCGCCCAGGUCAUCCCCGAGAUUGUGGACCAGUGCAAACACCUCACCGUGUACAUGCGUACGCCGCCGGCCGUGCUGCCCAGGGGCGACGCCAAACACUCCAGCGUCUUCAUGUGGUGCUUGAAGUAUCUACCUUAUUUUGCCGUCUACAUGCGCUUCCUCGAGAUUGUCAAAGGGUGGCUGUUCGGCCCUCUGAUCAUCAAACGAGGCAGUUGGCUGAACAAGCUCCUCGACAAGAAGGCCAGGGAGUUUCUCGAAAAGCAAAUCUCAGACCCUAAGCUCCGGGAGAAACUGAACCGUGAAUAUGAAUUCUUCUGCAAUCGACCUCUCCUCCUGGACAACUUCUACCCCGCCUUGGCCAAGCCCAAUUGCACGGUGUUGAGAGAGCAGGUGACCCGGUAUACGGAGACGGGGAUUGAGGCGCGAGAUCUGAAGACGGGCGAGAAGUCGUUCCACGAGUUCGACAGCAUCAUCGUCGGCACCGGCUACAACACCUCCCGAUUCCUGUCCCACGAGAAGAUCACGGGCGUGGACGGGACGGAUCUCCAGCAGCACUGGAAGCAGUACUGCUCGACUUUGCACGCCGUCGCGACCUACGACUUCCCCAACUUCUUCUUCUGCAACGGGCCCAACGCCAACACCUUCAGCUCCAGCUACCACGACGUCAACGAGUCGACCUCGCGCUUCAUCGCCAAGUGCGUGGCGACCAUCGUCGGGAAGAAGAGCCGCGGCGUCAAGUUCGCCAUGAUGCCCAAGCCCGAGCGUGAACGGGAGUACCAGGACAUGGUCCAGCGGAGCCUCAGCGACACCACGAUCCAGUACCGUGGCUGUGCCAACCACAGCAUGAAGGACAGUAACCACCACAAUACGGCGCUGACAGGGGAGCACGUCUUGGCCAUUGCGUGGAAGUUCCGCAAGAUCAACUGGAAGGAGUGGGACACCAUCGAGAAGCCAAAGACCGAGAUUUGA